AGUAAAGCUAGAAAGUAUAAAUGAAAUUCUAGUAAUGUAUUAAGCAAAAGAAAAUGCUGCAGAUUAAAAAAUUGCUGCUUUAAAUAGUAUACAUGCUGAUAAAAUACGGGCAUUAAUGAAUUCGAAUUAAUUAUUAAAAAAAGAGAAUAAACAAUUAGAAAAAUUAACAAAAGAGCACAAAAGAAGUGAAUUAAUAGCUUAAUUAUAAAAAGAUGUUGCCGAUCAAGAUUCAAUAAUAGAAACUUUACGAUAAAUAUGUGUUUAAAAGAAUGUUUCAGAUGAUUAAAUUGACAACUAAAUAGUAAGUAUGUUAAAUAAAGGUCCUCCAAGAAUAAGGGCGCCUACAAGAGAAGAAUUAAAAAUGGAAAUAAAAAAAUUUAAGGGACUUUUAGAGCAGAUGAAGAAAAAAAUUAAUGAAAAUGAUACAAGUAAUAACAAUAAUGGUUAAAAAUAAUAAAAAGAGAUUAAUAAUAAUAAUAAAUAAGAAAAUUCUGUUAUAGAUUAAUCAGUACAUUCAGAAGUUAGCGAAAGUUUAGAUUCAAAUUAAAAUCUGGUUAGGAAAAUUGAAUAAUUAAUAAAUGAAAAUGAUGAAUUAAGAUUAAAUUUAAAGGCUUAAGGAUAGAUUAUUGAAAAAUAUGAAGAUUAGUUAAUGUUAAAAAGCGAUGAAAUUAAUGAAUUGAGAAAUGCGAAAACUGAUUAUGUUAUUAUUAAUAGAAAAUAUGAAACUUUAUAUUAUGAAUUCGAGAAAUUAAAAGAAGAAACAAAGAUGAAAUAUAUAAUGAAUUUCGAUAAGGAAGUAAGAUUAGAUGAAAUGGAAAUUAUUAAUAAAAAUUAAGCUGAAAAUAUGAAAAUGUAAGAAGAUGAUCUUAAAAUGGAAAUAGAUUCUCUUUCUUAAUAAUUAGAAUAAAAAAUUAGAGAAUAUUAAGAAGAAAAAACAAAAAGUGAAGAUUUAUAAAUUAAAUAUAAUAGUACUUCUGAAAAACUUAAAUAAGAAGAACAAAAAACAAAAGAGUUUUCAAGUAAAAACUAUUAUUUAGCUUAAGAAAAUGAAAAAAUGUAAAAAUAAUAUUCUACAUAAAUUGCUUCAUUAACUUCUUAAUUGAAAGAAGUUUAGGAUGAUUAUAACCAAAUAUUUGAGGAAAGAAAAAUAUUAUCUUAAGAACUUAAAAAUUUACAAUAAAUAAAUGAAAAGUUAACUGAAUAUUAAAUAAAAACAUAAAAUUUAUUGGGACUAAGAUUAGAUGGAUAAAGUUGGGAUUUUGGAAAAAAUAGCGAGUUUAUAUUAGAAUAAAGACAAUUGAAAUAAAAAAUAAGGGAAUUGACAUUAAGAGAAUUAGAACUUUAAGAUUAAAUCGAAGGGCUUAAAUUAGAAAAGAAAUUAAAGGAAUAACGAGAAAGUGCAUAGACUAUGUUAAAUAAAAAUAAAAAUGUAAACAUGUCUAUGGAAUAAAUAAAAAAAGAAUAAAUUAAUUAAGCAAGAAAAGAAUAUGAGAGCAAAAUCACUUAAUUAAGGUUAAAAAUAAAAAAUUUAGAAGAUAAAAACUAAUAAUUUGAUGAAUUAAUGAAUAUUUUAGCUUCUAAUAUAGAAAAUAAAGACUAAAAUUCUGAUAUUAGUAUUAGUGUAUAGAGUUUAUAAAAAUUAGUUUAAAAAGAAAAUAGUUCAUUAAGUUCUUAAGGUAAUAUUAGUUCUGGUAUUAGUAAAUUUAAUAGUGCAAGAAAUUCAUUUAAGGCAUAUGAAAGUAAUUCUAGCAUUGAAAAUAUUUUAAAUAAAAGCAAAAAUUAUAAAAAUAAAAAAGCCCUCCUUUAAGCCUUUAAGCAAUAUAAAUGA